AUGGGCUGCAGCCACUCUGUGGAAACCAACAAAGUCAGCAAGCUGUUUGGUGCAACUGGGCUACAUGUAGGGCGUGAUGGGGAUGUGGACCUGACCUCCCGCUCCAUGGAUGUUUUCAUGCCGAAGUACGUUGAUGUCAUUAGGCGUGAUAAACUGCACACCGCCCGGCGGCUGCAUCUCUCGGAGAAUAGGCUGUACACCCUCGGCAAGGAAAUGACGCUGCUGACCGACAUUGAAGAGCUGUACAUUGACAACAACCGCUUUGAGCACGUGCCAACGGUGUUGAGUUCGAUGGAGAGCCUCUGGCUGCUCGACGCCAGCAUGAACCCGCUAGGAAGACACAUGCUCUCGAUGGAGGUGCUGCCGCGCAUAGAACACUUGACGCACCUCACCCUGCGCUGUUGCUCGCUGUGUGCCAUCCCAGUUUGUCUCCUGCGCUGCGCCGUCCUGGCGGAGUUGGACCUCUCGGACAACACCAACCUGCUUCUGGACGGGGUGGAGUUUUCGAGCCUGCGUGCACUGCAGGUUUUGCGCAUCGCCAACUGCGGCAUUAAGGGCGAGAUUCCCGCCGGCGUCAAGGAGGUGACGACGCUGAAGACGCUUGACAUCUCCGCAAACAGCUUUGACUUUGAGGACCCGGGGUUCUUUGGCAGGAAGCUGCCGCACACCCUCACGCAGUUGCACCUGCGGAAGAUGCGGCUCGUGGCGGUCCCGCAGGUGAUUGUGCAGCUGCGCAAACUCUCCAGCCUUGACCUUGCGGAGAACCCCCUGGAGACGUUGGACGUUCUUGCAGGUCGACUGGUGCGGCACCUAAGCCCCUUCAACGCCUUAGCAGCCGGCGUCCUGAACCCGGUAACGGAGGCGAGCGACGACGCGGCCAGCGUCGCCUCUCGCGCCAGCUCCUGCGUGAGUGCUAGUCAACUCAGCCGUGCUGGUCGUAUUGCCAAAGUUCCUCAACCCAUCCCGCUGAGGAAACUUUGCCUUCGCGCGUGUGGGUUUCGCACGCUGCCCAAGUACUUUCACAAGCUGAGGAACCUGGUUGAGCUUGACCUGAGCGAGAACGAGCAACUCCAGGACCCGAACAUGACCCUCUUCUCCCUCAGCAAUCUGCAGGUGCUCAACGUCACGGAGUGCCCAUUUGCGGCGAACCGCCCCUCGGCCAACAACGAGUGGUUCGACAUCUCCAAUCUCCACCACCUGCACACGAUAGACUGGGAGGUGUGGAAGGGGGCGCACAACAUGAGCCCCUACCGCACGAAGGUCCCGCUUGAGAUUUGUGGACUGAAUCUGCAGUGCAUCAACGGGAUGAAGCUGCGCCCCAACCUCUUUGUAGGGGACACGGUGCAGACAAUCAUCAAUCUGCUUGUGGACGGGUACCUUAAGGUGGACCUGGCACUAGACGACGACUUAGUGUUCAGCUACGCCGAGGCCGUGGCUGCGCUAGGCCCGCUGGAGUCCUUCGUCUUUGCCUCACCGGAGGAGGCUGCCGAGGCACAGCCGCAGCAGCCUCCAAAGCAGGCUGACCGGACGCCAGCCCAGGCGGCAGCCACAGACGGGGCGUCUGCCGCAGCGAAAACAAUGCAGCGAACUGUUCGCGAAGACGCCCUGCGAAUAACCAUCAGCCGCUACAUUUUCUUUCUGACGAUGCAGGCGGCAAACCACAACGCGGUCAUUGUGCCGCCGGCGGACGUCAUGGCAUUGCACUACGCCCAAAUGACGCAGGAUCCUAUUAGUUACCGCAACGACUGCGAGGCUAUAUGCGGGCAGGUGCUGAGCUGCAACUACAACCUUUUCUUUAUCGAGCAGAAGCUGCAGCCGCAGGCGGUGAAGGAGGCGCUGGUGGGCAGCAAGCGGGUGUGGAACAUGAUGGUGCGCACCAUCCAGAGGGACCUUUUUUGGUUGCGCUACGACUUCUGGGAAGUUCGCGCAAAAAAUCCCCCCACGGAGCCGGCUCAGGCGCAGGAUGAGGCGGCGGGCAAAAACGGCAGCAACGAGAAUGCCGCCGGCGCUGCGGCUGCUUCCACCGCCGCCGCCGCCGCCGCCGCCGCCGUCACAUUGCCAUGUGCUCCACCGUGCGACGGCGGCGGCCUCGGAAACCUUUCCGAUAUAGACGCCGUGGGGGAUCUGCGCUCGGUGCUGGACUGCGCCAUCACGGCGCACUUCACAGAGCAGGGCACCGAUCGCUUUGUGUUCUCGCUGGACAGAUUUUUUUCCACCAGCAAACGGUUCAUGGAGUGUGAGACGUCCUGUACCGAGCUCAAGCUGGAUUGGACGCGGUAUGUCAAGUACCUCGCCCUUUACGCCCACAUUCAGCGGCUGAAACAGCCGGAGUUGUACCAGCAACGUGCGCAGGAGCAGGAUGAUUUGCUGCGGAACAAUUCCAUAGUCGCGCCGGACGCAUAUUUGCCGAAGCCGAAGGACGCGGAGGAGGUGCUUGUCAUGUCACCCCAUCGGCAGGGGAGUAGAUUCACGCUUCGAAGGGCCGUCUCCAACCUGCGUGGCAGCAGCGCCGAAAACAGCCAAUAUGGAAGCUUGGAAACAGUGCGGCUUGAUUCGACGUUGCCUUCACGAGGCGUGGAUGCUGGCGUCCGCUAUCAGCAGCAGCAGAUGCCGACGUCAGAGCCAAUACCGACGGUAGGUAUUUCACUGCUGCUUUACAGCCAUCGCACUCUCCAUGCCAAAUACUACCAGACGCUGGCCCUCCUCGGUAUUGAAAACAUUGACAUUGACUGGGAAGAGAAGCGCGCCUCGGUGGAGGCGACAAUGCGGGCGUGGCAGUUGCUCUACGACGAGACCUAUGUAAAGACUGUCAAGGGUGCGUUUUACCUCUCUGACGAACCAGCAUCGACGCACGAAAAUGAGGAGGGAAGGGAGAUACGCCAGCAAGAGGUAGUACCUUCCCGGAGGCGGAACCUGUCAAAACGCUCCUCUCGCCCGCAGCGGCGUGCGGCUCUUUGCACCGCCGACGGUAAACAUCUUAUCUUCUGA